AUGAUGACAUCUCCAUUGUUUGUGUUCUGUCUCACGUGUCUGUGCUUGGGGAGUAUGACACAGACACCAGAUGUAAGCAGAGGGUCGUCUCUGAGUAAAGAGAGUGGAUUUAUAUCAGCUAACAUCGGUGAGACCGUUACUUUGCUCUGUUUCUACCAAAGUAAUGCUGCAAAAAAGUUUUACUGGUACAAACAAACUCUGGGUCAGAGACCAACGCUCAUCUCCUCUUACUACACUCAUGGAACAUCUUCAACCUUUCACGGUGAAUUCAAGAACAAUCCUCGCUUCACUCUGGAUGCUAAACCUGGUCAAAAUCACCUGAUGAUUGCCGUGCAAAUCUCAGACACAGCUGUUUACUACUGUGUUUUGGGCUAUUUAUACAUGUUUGAGUUUAAAGAGGGCAUCACUCUCAGUGUCAGAGGUUCAGGGCUGGACGUGAAGCCUUUGAACCAGUAUGAAAACAAGACCAUCCAGCCUGGAGGAUCAGUGACUCUGAGCUGUACAGUCCACUUUGGGACCUGUGAUGGAGAACACAGUGUUUACUGGUUUAAGAACUCUGAGGAAGCUCACCCACAGCUCAUUCAAAUCCAUGGAGGCAGGAAUGAUCAGUGUGAAAGAAAACCCAGCCAGCAGAGCUGUGAGUACAACCUACCACUGAGGAGUCUGAAUCUUUCUCAUGCUGGGACCUACUACUGCGCUGUAGCUUCAUGUGGACUCAUACUGUUUGGAAACGGGACCACGCUGGACUUAAAGGAUGAUGGUGUCUCCCUCCUCUUGGUGUAUUUACUCAGUGGAGCUUUGGCGUUCACCAUCAUGUUAGUUGUUCCCCUGGCUUUCACAGCAUGUGCAAAAGAGCAGUGCUCAGGCAGUCGUGCAGGAACACCCAGUGUCUCCAACUGCAACAGGAGGUUCUCCAGAUGCAGAGGACCUCCUUUGUGA